AUGAAUUUAUUGAAUUCUAAAAUUACUGUGAUUAUUUUAUUAUCAUUCUUGUUUGCAAAUGCAGAUGUAUUUAGUCGUUAUGGGCAUACUGCGAAUUAUAAUGAGAUUGACAAAAAAAUCUAUUUUUUGGGAGGAUUAGAUCGCAACGAUAGUUCGUUGAUUGAUUUCUUUACACUUGAAAUAUCAAGCUCACUGAAUAUAACUCCAAUAUUUAAUCCGCAAAACCUUGUUCCUCCCAUUCUUCCUAGUGUAUUGUUUGCAGCUUCAGUGAUAAGUAAUUCGAGAAUUGAAGUAUAUGGAAGUUCUGAUGGCAAAAUGUUUAAUCAAGGGUUCAUUAUUAAUAUAAUGAUUAAUCCAUCUGCUUGGACUAACCUUGAUAUGCCAACACCUAAUAUACCGAUACCAGCAAGAACUAGGAAUGCAGUAAUCGAUUCAUCUGGCAACAUUUAUAUUUUCACUAUUUCAAUCGAAGGGCCUAUAAUGUUCGUUUAUAAUACAUCUUUGGAAUCGAAGAAACUCUCCAUUGAUGUGAACGACCAACCCAAAUUACUAGUAUCUGAUUAUACUGCUACAUAUUAUCAAGAUUCCAUAAUUUACAUAGGAGGUAAAUCUACAAAUGGAAACUUCUUAAUGAAUCAGAUUUGGAUAUACAAUAUUACGAAGAAUAAAUUGACAUUAAAGUCUGUCAAGAAUGCAGACAACGUAGUCGGCCGAUAUGGGCAUUCAGCAUGCUUAGUGCAAAAUAAGAUCAUCGUUUAUGGCGGACUUUCAGAACAGGAAACACCUCCUAGUAAUGUUUUGGUAAUUCUGGAGAUAGAUGGCAACAAUUAUAGUUGGCGCACAGAAAAGAUACCAGAUAAUCAAAUUAUUCCUUAUUAUCAUACUGCAACAAAUAUCAACGAUAUUUAUAUGAUCAUUGCAUUCGGGAGAAACGCCAAGACUAAAAUGUUAAUUGGCGAGAACGCAUCGAGUAAAGGACCAGGGAUAACGAAGAAUUUCAAGAGAGAAACAUCGGAUACAAAUUUUAUUUCGAUUCUUAACGUAAAUACUUAUGAAUGGGUAACUUCACUUAAUGAAGAAACAGAUACAGGAUCAACAAAAGGGCAACCAGGUUCAACUCAAUCCUCUGGUUCAAAUUCGACCACUUCAAUGCCAUCUCCGAAAAAUGGAUCAAAUAUUGGCAGUAUAGUAGGCGGUAUUAUAGGAGGCAUUUUAGGUACCGCUCUUUUAGCUUUUAUCAUACACAAGUUAUAUAAGAAUAAGCAAAAAGAUUCAGAGGACAGUCAUCAAGUUAUUCAACCUACACCAGAACCCAUUAUUAGUGAUGCAAACAAUCAGAAAACUUAUAAUGAAGGUGCACUUAAUCAAGAUUCGCUGGCUCGAUGCUUACUCAGCGUUAUGUAUCUAAAAGAGACUGACAUAAAAACGAUGACACAAAAGUUUUUAAAUCUGCAGAGUGUGGAAACGGCAUUGGAAAAUCUUAACUUGGUGCCUGUUAUUAAAGAGACAUUUGCGUGCAAAAAAGAUGGGAAAUGCUAUCGAGCUGUAUUGAAAAUUCGCAGAGUACUACAUGUUACCAAAAAGGUAUUGGCGUACAAAAUCAGCAGAAUGGCAUGCUUACAGCAAAAAUAA